AUGAACAUAUAUUUGCAGGCGCCUACUUUACAAGUGACGGAAGGCAAGUCGGAAAAGAGUGGGAAAUCAGGAGGCACUUCGGCGGAGAAGAGUGACGGGGGGUCAAGCAGAGAGAAGACAGAUAAAGACAGUCAGAGAUCCAAGACACAGGAUACUAAGGGGGCCUCCUCUGCUAGAUCAGGAAGCAAGUCCAAUGCCACCAAGGAGACUGGCCAGAAGACGAAAAAGACCGCGGGAGAUGGGGAGGAAUCUGAAGGAAGUCAGAGGUCCAAAGGAUCCAAAAAAUCAGGAAGCACUGAGAGUAAGAAAAAAGGAUUCGGAGUGGACGACAAAGAAGCGGAAAAGCUACACAAACUGUUCGAAGAAAAAGUGUCAAAAGACGGAGGGCCUAAGGAUGCCAGCAUGUUGGACUCUAAAAUGCAACAAAAGUCCGAAAUUUUGGAAAAAGAUGGAGGCAGUAUUGUUAAGCGUGGGAGCGAAAAAUCCAUAAAAGGCACAGCUGAUGAAGAAGGCUCUCGAUCUGGAAGAGACGGCCAGUCGAGGGAUUCGCGGGGACAAAGCAACAGCAAAAGAGGCUCAACCGAGUCCCCCAGACGGACAGGAGAUGAAACUAAGAGACGUGAUUCCAAGCGGUCUUUAUCAUCAAGUAGAAAACCGACAGGAACUUCAGGCAGAUUUGAAGGCGACGAAAGACGGGAUCAAAAUGAUCCUAGGAGAACUGGAGAUUCUAGGAGACCUGACGAUCCACAAUAUGAUGACCCUAGGGGAGCCGGAGCGUCUCAAAGGCCUGAUGAUCCUAGAUACGAUGAUCCCAAACGAACCGGGGAUUCGAGAAGACCUGAUGAUCCUAGGUACGAUGAUCCAAGGAGAACCGGAGCGUCACGAAGACCUGAUGAUUCUAGGUAUGACAAUCCCAGAAGAACAAACGGCUCUAGAAGAUCUGGUGAUCCUCGAGACGACCCUAGAAGAACCGGAGGGUCUAGAAGACCCGGUGAUCCAUACGAUGACCCUAGGAGAAGUGGGGAUCCUAGAGAUGACCCUAGGAGGAGUGGGGAUCCUAGAGAUGACCCCAGGAGAACUGGGGAUCCUAGAGAUGACCCUAGGAGGACGGGUGAUCCUAAAGAUGACCCCAGGAGGACUGGGGAUCCUAGAGAUGACCCUAAGAGGAGUGGGGAUCCUAGAGAUGACCCCAGAUGGCCCCAGGAGGAGUGGGGAUCCUAG